UAGAUUUUGUUUCUUUUUUUUUAAUUAUUAAAGUGUUUUUGUGACUUUGGAGUGGAUAUAUUUUUAAAGAUGAUACCGAGAUGGGGAACGUGGGCGGUGGUCUUGCUGGCGGUGCUGGUGAUCGCUGAAGACAGUCCACCCGGCCUGGUCAACAAGGAGAACGAACAGGAUCUAGUCGCUGAAGCAUCACAAUCUGGUGCGCAGGCGCAGAAACGAGAAGGAGGUUUAUCAAAUUCCUACGGAGAGCCGUUACCCCCGGAUGCGUAUGGACCACCAUUGAACAUACCUAGUGAUUUACCGCAUCCUGCUCCCGUUUAUGGAGUACCAGAUACACCAUCAUUUUUAGAAACACCUCCAGGUGCAUACGGCCCACCAUCUCCGGUCGUAUUCCCGAACCAGAACUAUGAAGGGCCCCCACCACCUAUCGGUAAACCCAAGCCAGUUUACGGGCCACCAAAAUACCAUUCAAACAAACCAAAACAAACAUAUGGACCACCGAAACCGAUUUAUGGCCCACCUAAGAAGAACUAUGGUCCUCCAAAACAAACCCUUCCAAAACCAACAUAUGGGGUACCUUUUAAGCCACCGAAGCUAUCUUUCCCGAAGCCUGUUUACGGAGUACCAAAACCAGUAUACGGAGCACCUAAACCUGUGUAUGGACCACCAAAGAUCAGCUAUGGGCCGCCCUUACUAAAUGUGCAAAGUUUCCCUGAAUUACCAGUGUCUUUACCGCAAAAUCUAGGCACAGUUACUGCAAGUAUUGGUAACAUUGGAACGGGUGUGGGAAGUAUAAGCACUAUUGGAACCAACUUUGGAAGUUUAGAAACAAGUGUUGGAACAAGCAUUGGAACCAAUUAUGAUGUAGGAUUAAAUCUUCCAGCUCCAAUAUACGGCACUCCAAUCACUAGCUUACCAGGAAACUUGAAACCUAAUUUCCCCAUACCAGCAGACACUUAUGGACCUCCAGGACACCCUCUUGGCCCUAUUGGACCAAAUGACCAGAUAGUGGUACAAGACUUUGGUAGCAUCGGCCAUUAUGGACCACCACAGCCAGACCCCAACCCAAGACCACCCCAUCCAGGUAUACCAGCACCACCAACACCUCCCCACGUUCUAUACGACGGAUGGAAACCAAUUCCUGGUAUUUCAAAACCAUUGUUCGAUAAUAUUGAAAAUGUACACACGAUACAAACCAUUCAAAAUAUUGGACACAGCAAUGGACAUAUUGAAAUUUUAGACCAAUACGGACCCCCACCACCGUUAGUCCAAGAAGUGAGCAUCAACUUAGACGGACAUUCCCUACCGGAUAUCAACCAAGACGCACACUUUUCCGGUGCACAAAUAUCAUCUGGCUAUUCAACGGUUCAUCAAGAUGCUUUAGCAAACAUCGAUUUGAACGCAAUCGUCGGUGGAGACUCUAAUCACAUUGACCAAUCGAAGACGGUCUUCGAAGCACAUUACACCGAAAAUAAUAACCCACAGUCCGAUUUCACAUUCAUACAAUCCUCUAUACCUGAAAAGGCAAUUUUUGACUCAUACGGUGCUCCACCUUUAGACUCACUGUCCAAUGGUCCCUAUCCUCCAUCACAUAGACAACAAGGAGCCAAAGGCCUCAUACCACCAUCAGGUAUAUAUGGAGUUCCACCAGGUAACCAAUACGGCGCUCCACCGAAACCGUUACCAGCUAAUCUACCUAUACCCUAUGGAUCAUUUUCAGGUGGUGGUCACGCUAUUCAUACCGGUGGUCAUUCACCAAGACAUCCUAUUAAGUUCAGAGAUUCAGUACCCGAAGGUUUAAUUCAGCAGAUCGGCCAAAUAUCCCACCAUAAAGACUCCCAUGGAAUUGAUCAUGUGAAACAAGGCCCCGCGUAUUUACCACCACCGAUUCGUGAGGUCAAAGAUUCAAAUCAUCACUCUGGAAACCAUGGAUUUAAUGGCGUCUCAUUUUCUAUCGAACCAUCGAAUCUCUACAGUCUACCACACUCAGGGCAACCGAUAAACUUCCAAUCCCAGCAACCGAGUAACUUGUAUGGUUCACCAAUUGAUUCGUAUUCAGCGCCACUUUUGACCGUCGGAGAUCAUACAGCUUCUGGGUCUACCAGCAACGCUGUAGCAGCGACAAUCGAUGGUACUAUACUGGCUAAUUUAUCUAACUUAGAAGCGGCUGCUAUUUUAAAGCACUGCCCCUACCACGAAGCUAUAUUAAAAGCCGCUAAAUAUGGUGAGAAAAUACCUUCAGAAUUAGCAUCAAGCUAUGUCGCAAGUUUGAGUUCACUGGGUUCUGCAUUCCACAAGCACCAUCAAGAAUUAUUGUCUUCCCAAAAUGUUUUCAACACUCCAGCGGAAGGUAGUGAAUCCGUUUCUUACAACACGAAAGAUUUAUCGACAGCGUCCCAUACAUUAGUCCAGACGAUCUUACCAAAUCAAAUCGAUAACGGAAAGACAGCGAAAACAACUCAAAAAGUAAAAUCCAUAAAAGAUGGCAACAAAAAUAUUUACAAACAAAAUUCUCUAUCAGACCAAAUUUAUCACACAUCGGAAAAGAUCAAGAAUUUGAGCGAAGAAACGAAGCAAUUACAACAGAAGAUCGUGUCGUCGAGUCAACAUUUACAUCAAGUAAAUGAGCAAAUUGGUCAAUCAGAAAUACCAAUUAAAAACAAUCAGGCAACGUAUUCUGUUCAAAUUCAAUCAGCUGAUGACGGCCGGGGCAAAGGAACAUCGCCGUCGAUACCUCACGAACAGCUUCUAUCAGAAGGAUUACUUCAGAGCAUAUUGCAAGCUAUAGAACAACCGUCUCAAGUUAAAAACGAACACCAAAGCCAAACAAAGAAUGUUUUUAAGCAAUCAUCAAAUCAUCAUCAAUCAAAUCAGAACUCAUAUCAAACAAAUGUAAAUUUCGACAGCCUUGACCAAGGAUUGGUCCUUCCAGCCGGAUAUGAACCAGUAGACAGGUCUAAACAACAAAAAGAUCAAGAAAUACAAAGUACUAACGAUAUAAAGCAUUUAUUGCAAAAGGAAUCUCAUCACCACUUCAACGACUUCAGUCACGGUGACUGUGACCAGCGAGCAGACAAUUCCGUCACUCACACGAUAGUUGUCCCACCACCGAACGUUGAAAACGUCCAAUCUGUUCAAGAAGUCGAAGAUAAUGAUGUAGCUAUUUACUUCGGAGAAUCAGCAAAAGAUAAUAGUGAGGAGAAAAAUCAAGAACCGGUUACGGAAAUAUCGGUAGCGACAAGUAUAAGUGAGAACGUAGAAAAAUAUGCCAAAACGCCGGAGUUUGGAGAGAAGAUUAAAAAGACGUGAAAUUCGUUAUUUAUAUUUUAAUCUAGUCUUUAUUGAACCAGUGAGCUGACAGUUAAAAACGGAACAAAAUUAAA